AUGUUUGAUCUCCCUCUUAUACCGUUGAUUAUUAUACAGGCUGUGUACUCGUUAGAGGGAUGCGAAACAGCGGCGCAAGUAGCCGAAGAGGCCAUACGCGCCGAGUUACUCGCGCCACUCGCCAUAGUCGUUUCCAUUAUAGGCUCAUGGAUCGUCGGAGUAGCAUACAUGCUCUCGCUCCUGUUCAGUGUUCAAUCCAUCCCUGCCAUCCAAUCAUCAACGCUUGCCCUCCCCGUCGCACAACUCUUCGUCGACGCGGCUGGGAGAAAGCUUGCUUUAUUGUGUCUUGUUAUCGUAGGACUUGCUCAGGGGAUGGCUGCCGCGACGGCUUUCACCGCGAGUGCGAGAUUGUUAUAUGCGCUCGCCCGGGAUGAUGCAGUCCCUACUGCGGUGAAAGGCUCUUUAAUGAGAUUAAAUAGGGGUCAAGCGCCGUAUGUGGGCGUCUGGGUGAGCGUGCUUGUUGGAUGUGUAAUAUCAUGCGCGUAUAUUGGGAGUAGCAUCGCAUUUAAUGCAAUACUUUCGUCCGCUGCGGUUGCUGUCAUGCUGAGCUACCUCCAGCCUAUUAUCAUCCGUGUCUUCUGGCCCCUUUCGCUGAAAGAACGGGGACCGUUUCAUCUCGGAUCUUGGUCCUGGGCCAUUAAUCUUGCAAGCUUCCUGUUCACGGUUUUUAUUUGCAUCCUCUUUAUUCUCCCAACCGCGCACCCAACAAAUGCCCAAAAUAUGAACUACGCGGUAGUCGCUAUUGGCGGGCUGAUCGUACUCACCACGCUUGCUUGGUUAUUUUGGGGUCGAGUUCAAUUUGACGGACCAGUCAAAACCGUUUUGGCCUAUGGUGAUGGAGGGAGUGAAGGAGGAUUGGGAGGGAGUGAAGAUCCAGAUAGGAAAUCUGGUGGCUUGGAAGUAGAAGUUGGGUAG